CCUACCGACUGUUACCGAUACUUUAUAUUUUUAUCAGUUCUUCAGUUUAUUCUGGUGUUUUGCAAGGAAAAAACCUACCAUUUGAUAGUGAUUUGUACUACUCCGUUGCAGGGCAUUUCCUGUACCACUCGUGUCUAUUAAGAAUGAAAAUUUCAUGAUUUAAUUCAAUUUGUGAUUAUAAUUCGUCUCGAAUAGAAGAACCUGGAUAGUAUUGAAGAUUUACAUAGACUUCUGUACUUACCACCUCACUCCAACAUGAGUGCGAAAAAAUUUCUCCUUUGGUAAAAAAAAACAGUGAUUUAAGACCAAGCCUUCAAAAUGGUAUUUGAGUCUAUUGUGGUUGAUGUCCUGAACAGAUUUCUCGGUGAUUAUGUAGAGAAUUUGAACAGAUCACAGUUAAAAUUAGGAAUAUGGGGCGGGGAUGUUGUUUUGGAGAAUCUGGUACUAAAACAGAAUGCUUUGGAGGAGCUGAACAUUCCUGUGCAAACAGUUUAUGGACAUUUGGGUAAACUUGUCCUCAAAAUACCGUGGAAGAAUCUGUAUGGUGCAUCAGUGGAAGCUACAAUUGAACGACUUUUUUUGAUUGUCAAUCCAUCUGCUGAAGUAAAGUAUGAUGCUGAUAAAGAAGAGAAAAUGGCUCUGUCAGCAAAGCAAGCUGAGCUUAGGAGAGUCGAAGAGGCAAAGAAGAAAGAGGCAGAAAAAGAUCAAAAUAAACUCGACGAGACCUUCGUUGAGAAAUUGGUAACGCAAAUUAUUAAAAAUGUUCAAUUGAAGAUUACCGACAUUCACAUUAGAUACGAAGAUAGCAUAACCAAUCCGAAGACGCCAUUUUCUUUCGGUAUCACCCUCCACAAUCUGUCCGUCCAUACCACCGAUGAGAACUGGAAAAAGGCUGUUAUACAAGAAGCCGUAACAAAAAUCUUUAAGAUUUUAGAUUUAGAAGGUCUGGCGAUAUAUUGGAAUCCAAAAACCGAUUUAUAUUCCAAAUGUGGGCCCCAAGAAAUCAAAUCAAAGUUGGAACAAGAAAUCGCUACGAAAUCAUCAAAACCCAGCUUCUAUAAUUAUGCUCUCGGGCCAAUAAAUGCGACCGCGAAACUCAAACUCAAUCCAAAGCCUGAAGGUGACACCCCUAAGUUUAGCAUCCCCAAAGUGAUUUUGGAUCUUCACAUGGAACAAUUGUCUGUAAAUUUGAACAAAGCACAGUACCAAGAUAUGAUGCUGCUGGCUGACUCGAUGGACAGAAUGAGCAAAGGAGCCCCUUACAGGAAAUACCGUCCAGACCUAAAAUCAUUCAGAGGUCACUAUAAAGAAUGGUGGCAUUUUGCUUAUAAUUGCAUUCUCGAAGAAGAAGUUCGCCGUCGCCGUAGAAACUGGAAAUGGUCUCAUAUGUUAGCUCAUAGGCAGCUGUGUAAGGAUUACGCAUCGGCGUAUCAAAGCAAGUUGAUCAACAAGGGGAAAAUAUCGCCAGAGCAACAGGCUCUAGUGGAAAAAGCCGAAAAACAUUUGGACUUGUUGAAUUUGGUUGUUAUCAGACAGAGGAUUGAAUUAGAGGUGGAGCGUCUUGGUAAACUACAACAGGAAGCGAAGAAAUCUAAAGGCUGGUUCGGUGGGUGGUGGUCCGGUAGCAGCACCAAGGAUGACGAAACUACCGAUGGAACCGCGAUAAUGAAACAAUUCGAGAAGGCGAUGACUUCAGAGGAAAAGGAGAAACUGUUCCGUGCCAUAGAUUACCAGGAGAAUACUGCUCCUCUGCAUCUGCCCGUUGAAUACGUGGCCAUCGAGGGGCGUUUCAAACUUGAUAGAUUACAAGUCGCCGUCAACGACGUGGCCGAGGUUUUGAAGGCGUGUGUCGAUAAUGUUGAGGUCGAUAUGAAGCAACGGCCCAGCGCCAACGCUUUGAGGUUGGACAUACAAAUGCAAAGCUUUAGUGUGACCGGUGUUCAACAAGACGAGUUUCUUCCGAAACUAGUAACAUCGAAGGAAGUCACAAACGAUGUCAAUUUAUUGAAUGUCGUAUUUGAAACUAAUCCCUUGGAUGGGGCUUGUGAUCAACGAGUGAAAGUGUCCGCCAAGCCUCUACAGAUUGUUUACGAUGCCCAAACUGUUAUCGAAAUAGUUAAUGUGUUUAAACCACCCACCGAAUCUACAGCUUUAACUACUUUACAAGCUGUGGCAGAAAACAAACUAUCGGAUUUAAAAGAGAAGUCAACCCUUGGGAUGCAGUAUGCGGUUCAUCAUCACACGUUCAUCGAUUUAGAUAUCGACAUUGCCUCCUCUUAUAUUAUUGUACCGCAGACGGGAAAAUACCAAGGAAAAGAGUCGUGUGUUGUCGUGAAACUUGGUGCUAUAAACGUCAAGUCCGAACCUCGCUCCCAAGCCCUCGACGUACACAAACUGUAUAAAGAAGGAUUGGCCGACGAAGAUAUUCUGCGUGAGAUAACCCAGCACAGCUACGAUAAGAUGGCACUGAAACUAACCGAAAUGCAGAUCGUUAUAGCGACGUCGUCGGAAGAUUGGCAGUCGGCUAUAGCUUCGAACGAAGCGACGUCCCUGCACUUGCUGCAGCCAACGAACUUAGUAAUACAAAUACACAAAUGUCUGAUCACGGACGAUCCGAGAAUGCCGAAGGUCAAAGUCCGGGGUGAACUCGAGAAAAUCGCUAUAAGCGCCUCCGAAGACCGAUUGCUGACACUUUGUGAAAUAUUAGUCAGUAUGCCGUUACCUAAUUCAGAAGAAUCGGCUCAGUUGAAGCCAAGCGACUCGAAAGGAUCAAGUUUGUCCUUACUGAAGUAUUUAGAUCCGGCUGAAAAACAAAAGAGAGACACUGCUCGCUCAAAGGAGCGGAAGAGUGACGAGCAAACUGUACAGUUAACUGAAGUUGAAGCCUUCUUUAUAAUGAAAGAAUUGGUUCUCAGCAUAAACAGGAAACCUACAAACAUAUCUGAAGGCUACGAAAGGUUCCUCGUGUUCUCGUUAAGCCUCUUAGAGCUCACGGCCACUCAGAAAACGUUUACACUCGAGGCUACCGUGAGGCUCGGCGCGUUGGAUAUGAAGCACCACAGGGAGGGGCACAGCGUUAUACCCAUGCUGGAAACGCCCGAUGUGGUUGCUAUGGAAACGGAGGCUAAUGCUGAUAAUGCUUGCGUCGAUAAGGACAAGUACUUGUUCGCCGUCACUUACAGUAAUGUCGACAAAAAGUGUCCAGAAUUUCGCAGUCACUAUGGUUCAGUAGAACAACUGAUCGAGCUUGACUUCACCAACUUACGAGUGUUGCUGCAUCUGCAAGGCUUACAAGAGAUUUUGGUUAUCGUCAAUGAAUACCAGACAAGACUACAAGCCAUACAGAGCACGGUUGAUAGAACAGCCCAUGCCGGACCUCUCGAAACCAUUAUGGAGGAUGAAGAAUUCUCUGCAGCCAAAUCUAAAGUGAACGUUACAAAACCGGCUCGUCGUAAGCAAAUUGAGAGCAUACAGUUGAAAGUGAACGUUAAAAUCGGCGCCAUAGAGAUCGGAUUCGCCACAGACAAGCGUCCCUUGUCCGUGGUGAGACUGCAGGGUGCCACUGCCGGACUAGUCCUAAAGAGUUCAUAUACGGAAGUCGAUUGUGCGAUGGCGUCUAUUAAAGUGGAAGAUCUUAAUCCUGUUACAAUUCAUAAAGAGAUAUUGAAAGUGCUCGGCGGUGAUGUUAUAAAGCUAAAAAUAGUGUUGUACAAUCUGGAGCACUAUCCGACCGUGAGUGACGUGAACAUGUCCGUCGAUGCACAGAUCAAUUGUUUGCGUAUCGUGUUCCUGAAUUGGUACGUCAGUUCUAUGCUGGAAUUCUUGAACAAUUUCCAAACAGCUCAGCAAGCCAUCAUCGACGCGUCGUCGCAGGCCGCGGACGCCGCGAAGGCCAACGUGCAGAGCGCCUACCAGAACUCGACGAAGCUGUCGCUGAAAGUUCGUCUGGCCGCGCCCAUUAUCGUCGUGCCGGAGAACUCGAAGAGCCUAAACGCCAUGCUGAUCGAUCUGGGACGAAUGAACCUUAAUAAUCGGUUCGUCGACUUACCUGUUGCGGAUGUGAGCAAUAAAGUAACAGUGGACGAACUGACUCUUGAACUUGAAGACAUGAAGGUGUCCUGCGUUGAACUAACGGACGAGCACCAAGAGUACAGCUACGAAAGGAAGCUGCUACGACCGACCAGCUUCAAACUCUUCGUCAAACGAAGCCUGUCUUCCUGGUACGAAGCGUUACCCGACUUGGAUAUAUCCGGCAGAAUGAAGACGAUUGCUAUAACCAUAGGCCACAGCGACUAUAAGAGUAUAAUGAAAAUUCUGAACCAAAACCUCCAAGAAGGGCAGAGCAAAGUGGAGGAAACGAAAGUGCCUCCUAAUUUACAGAGGUCAACGUCUAAGCCUGCCGUCAAAACUCAGACGAGCAAAGGGCAAGUGAAGUCCACCACGGCCGUGGUCAACGCGGACGACACAAAGAAACCCAGGACCACCAUCAAGUUUAUGUUCACCAUGGACAGCUUCGUCAUAGAUCUCAUGAACACGACCAGUUCAGCAGACACCAUGUUCACGAAAGACGUGGAGCUGGCCCGUUUCUGCCUCGCGCUACUGUCCGUGAAGGGGCGCAUGUUCUCGGACAGCUCCAUACAUACGUCAGUCUUAUUGGUCGACUGCACGCUGGACGACACGCGGCCUGGGCGCGGCGCCAAGAUCACAAGGUACCUGGAGCGACGAAGAGAAAAACGCGAAAGAUCCGUAGACGAGGACGGAUCGCAGAACGCUAUUAUGGAAGCGCACGAUAAAAUUCGCAGCAUGAUCGACAUAACAUACACUAUGAAGAAUUCCGAUACUUUCAUCGACAUGAGAAUAUUCAGUUUCAAUCUGAUUCUGGCGAUGGACUUUUUGAACAAGAUAGCGGAGUUCAUGACGACGGGGCUCGCCGCGGAGACGCCCGCCGACGCGAAAGAAGAACUUAAACAAGUCAAAACCGCCGACAAAUCUGUGGAGGCUUCCCGCAAGAAAAUAUCAUCAGUAGCUCCAACAACAACAACGGAAACACCGAAGCUAUCGAUGAUGACUGUGAACAUCAAAAUUGAACAACCGGAUAUUAUUUUGGUCGAGUCGCUCGAGCAGAAGAAAUGUGACGCUCUAGUUUUGAAUAUGGAAGCUCGGUUUAAGCUUCGACAAAGCUCCGAGCGUAUGGUCGCGGAAGGCGGUAUCUCCGGCCUGCAGAUGGUCAUUAGGACCAUCGGACAGGAAGACCGACCGUCGACGCCGCGGUACCUGUUAGCUCCGACCCAUCUCUCGCUGGCGCUGUCGCAGCCUCCGGAUAGCGGGAUGCACGUGGAUCUGUCCGUCACCGAUAUUAAAAUCACCGUUUCACCAGAUAUCAUAGCGCUGCUGAAUCGAGUAUUAGCAACGAUGACAAGUCGAGAGGAGGACAACGGGGAACAAGAGCUCAAAGCCAUCAUCUAUCACAACCUCUGGGAUAUACAGCCUCUGAAACCGAACGCGCAUUGGUAUUUAAAAACUGAGGUAGCCCAAGAGGCUAUCAACCUCGAAGAGCAAUGCCCCGAAGUGACGACGAAGCCGCCCGUCGGGGAGAUAUGCUUGCUGUCCAGUCCGUCCAUCAUAGUUUCGUUAGAGAUGGACAUCGGCAAUGAAACCAUCCCCGUCCUAGUGAUGCAAGCCUCGCUCAGCGGACAAGUUAAGGAUUGGAGUUCGGAUCUCUACCUGGAGUCGACGUGGGCCAUGCAGGUCUCGUACUACAACAUGGGCCGCGCGGUCUGGGAGCCGCUCAUCGAGCCCGUCGAAGUCAUGAAAGAUUACCAGUACAAGCAUAUUCCGUGGGAACUUAAAAUGGAGGUGAUGAUGCGACCACAAGAACAGCUGCAGAUCGACACGGGAGACGAGGCUGCAAACUUCAAAGCCAUCGCUCAGAGACAAGCGAAUAAAAUCGUCACGAUAUCGAGCGUCGAACCUUUGGAAAUUACUAUCACUAGAACCGGAAUGGAGGUUCUGUCCCAACUUGGCAACUCAUUCUCUGCAGCCAUUGCAGAUACAUCUGACUCUUCUGUUGUAUCGAAAUCAAAGUCUGAUGACCAAAUGGCGAAGAAGAAAUUCUAUGGUGCCCCGUACGUUUUGCACAAUUGUACCGGCCUGACCGCCAGGCUAAUGUUACAAGACAACCACGACUUCUCCGUAUUCAUCGUCGAAGACAAAAGCGUUUCUGACUACAGGGAAGUCGUUUUGGAGUCGGGGGCGUGCGUACCGCUUCAGUUGAAGCAUGGCGGUCUGAAUAUGAUGAAACUUAACGAACCCCCACCGCCCCUGAAGUUAAAUGUUAAGAUUGUGGAAAUAGACGAAGACCUUCAGAUUCCUGUCGAGCGUGCCGACAAAAGGUACUUCACUCUGGGCCGGAAACUCACCAGCGGCACUAUGGAGAGGAACGUGCCUCAUGUAGCAGCCGCCGAGCCGCGGGGACUCAUCUCGGACGUGGUCAUGCAAGAUGCAGCCUUGCACAUCUAUCUGCGCAGUGUCGUGCAAGUAACAAACACAUUAUCCGUCAAUGUAUCGGUAUACUACAUGACAUUGAGCGGAAACGAAGUCAGAUUGUUAGGGGAAGUCCCGCCCGGCGAAAUACUAAGGCUUCCGCUGCAAGCCGUGCACACACCAACCGCAGAAAUAUUUUUCUCCGUCGAAGGUUUCACCGUGUCGGUAUCGCCCUUCGUCUGGCGCGAGCUGCAACAAGAAGUCAGGAUCGCUAAACUACUUCAGUGCAACUCGAAAGAUAAAGCUAGCGGUGAAAAGUUCUAUAUCAAAGCCAUAGGGACCAUGGAGCAAGUGUUCUACGAGCACUCGAACCGUCACACGUUCGCGUCGUCUUGCUACGACAUCGUCCUGAAGCCGGCGGUCAAGCUACAGAACUGUCUGCCGGUCGACAUCGUCGUGUCCCAGCUGGGCCUCAAGCGCACGCAGACCUUCAAGCCGGGUGAAAUGUUCCACUUGUCGCACUUGGCGCCGAAUAAAGCAUCGAUCGUUAUUAUGAUACAAAACUAUUUGGAGAAGUGCUGGGUGUGUACUAAAAAUCUCCCCGAGGCCGAGAUGGAGUUGUCGGUGUGGUCGUUCGAGUCGCACGACAGUCCGUCCGUGAUGACGCUCGAGCUGGGCAUGUGCAGCGCCGACACGGACGGCACGCAGAUGCUCUCCCUGUACUGCCCCUUCUGGAUGCUCAACAAGACCGGCUUCACUCUGUGCUAUAGAAUAAAACAAUCACGUUGCAGUAAAUUUAUUAGACGUCGCACAUCUUGUUUGCCGAACGUCGACGAAACUGGAAAUGUGAUCUUUCAUCCGAAAGACUACAAGGAACCGAUACUAUUCUCGUUCCGGGCGAAGAACUUCUUCGGCAAGAAAAAAGCUGCGAUCAGAGUUGAAUUCGGUGAAUGGUCCGAUAAGUUCUCGCUCGAUGUACCCGGCAGUUCCGGUGUCGUCAUAUGUAAACACGAAGGAAGGACUUAUCAAGUUGCGGUCACUAAUCAGUUGACGUACAACAGCCUCACUAAGAUGGUUAUAUUCACUCCGUACUUCCUGAUCAUCAACGAAGCGCCGCUCGCUAUCCAGUACCAAGAGCUGCACAGGUCAGGAGACCCGUGGAAAGAGGUGGAACAGAACUCCAGUGCUCCGUUGUGGCCGGUGGUCGAGAAAGAAGACAAACUUCUCUUAUUGAGAGUGGCUGGUUCUACGGAACACGCGGCACCCUUCCUCUACACAGAACAGAAUAGCGUUUGUUUGAAAUUGAAAAAUGAGUAUGGCGGCCUACACGUCGAAGUUCAGUUGAGCGAGGGAGGCACGUACAUAACGAUACGCCAGUACCGGGACGGGCACGCGCCCGCGCUGCUCGUCAACUACUCGCCGCACGCGAUCACCGUGUACGAGAAAGAAAACGUUAAUAGUGUGCAAAUUCCGUCCAUGCACAAAAUGUUUUACACUUGGGACAACCCAGCCGGACCGCGCGUCCUUAUAUUCGAAGGGCACAAACGAAAGGAAGUCGAAAACGAUCUUAGAAAAGAUGGCAUCGGUGAUUUCAUGAUCACCGAAACGUGCCGCGUCUCGUGGGUGUCGUUCCUGGACGGCCUCCAGCGCGUGAUCCUGUUCACCGACGACCCGAUACUGGCGAGCGGUGCCUACUCCAUCGGGGAAGUGGAGGCCAUCGACAUGGAGAUCGUGCUGUCCAUGCAGGGGAUGGGCCUCUCGCUCGUCAACGAUCACGAAAUGCUCGAGCUCCUCUAUAUCAGCAUAUCCAAUUCAGGAAUCGUAUGGGAGCAAUGUAAGAUCGGUGCCCGUCGCUACAAGAAGAUAGAGGGACAGAAAGUGGUUCAAUUCGAAGAGGCGUACCAGAGGUACUUGGUCGAGAAGAUGGUCAGCGACGAACCCACUCAGAAAGCUAUUGUGCAGAUCGAUGAAAAAACAGAGGUGAACUUCGAGGAGAUGCGCAUCCUGAAGCCGACGCCGCGUCUGCUGCGCCGCACGCUGGAGGCGGGGCUGUGGGCGUCGUACAGUCUGUCGGCACACUCGCGCCGCCUGCACGCGCGCCUGCACCGCCUGCAGCUCGACCAGCAGUUGCCGCUGCCCACCUUCCCCGUGGUGCUGGCGCCCGUGCCGCCGCCCAGAUCCGUCGCCAACGACGACCCCAACGGUAUGAAACCGUUCAUUGAAGUAUCUAUAGUAGAGCGGAUCAUGGAGCACAGCAAAGUACGCCAGUACAAAUAUUACAAGAUGCUAAUACAAGAGUUCCACGUGAAAGUCGACAUGGGACUCAUCAAUGGUCUCAUGGCGAUGUUCCCGCAACAAAUACCCACCGAACAGGAAGCGUUGGAAGCUUUUAGACUUGAUUUAGAGAAAGCUGGACAACCACUAGAAGCUCUGGCAGCUUUAGGGGCUGCGUCUGAUCAAAAGAACUUCUAUGACAACUUGCACUUAUCGCCACUCAAGGUCCACGUGUCAUUCUCCCUCGGAGGGGCGACUCAGCUGCCCACAUUCGUCGGCACGCUGCUGCAGAGUAUCGGCGUAACUUUAACAGACAUGAACGAUGUUGUCUUUAAAUUAUCUUAUUACGAGCGCAACUACGAAUUCUUAUCGCAAAAGGAAUUGAUAGGUCAAGUGCAAAGCCAUUACACGGGUCAAGCUCUGAAACAACUAUACGUGCUGGUGCUCGGCUUGGAUGUUAUCGGGAAUCCGUACGGCCUGGUCGUCGGCUUAAAGAAGGGAGUUGAGGAUCUCUUCUACGAACCAUUCCAGGGCGCUAUCCAGGGUCCGGGCGAGUUCGCGGAGGGACUAUUCCUCGGCGUGCGCUCCCUCGUCGGACACACGGUGGGCGGCGCGGCGGGCGCCGUCUCCCGCAUCACGGGCGCCAUGGGACACGGGCUCGCCGCGCUCUCGCUCGACAAGGACUACCAGCGACGCCGCCGCGACAACAUUAACAAGCCGCCGGCCAAUCUUCAGGAGGGACUCGCCCGAAGCGGCAAGGGUCUAGUUAUGGGCUUUGUGGACGGCGUCAGCGGUGUAGUGGUCCGCCCGAUACAAGGAGCUCACGAAAGCGGCGCCGGCGGCUUCAUGAAGGGCCUGGGUCGCGGCGCGCUCGGCCUAGUCGUGCGGCCGGUGGGCGGACUCGUCGACUUUACAUCGAGCUUAUUAACGUCCGUCAAAAGGGCGGCCGAUAUGUCUGAAGAGGUGACCAAACGCCGUGCCGCCAGGUACCUGCCUCCCGAUACCGGAGUGAGGCCUUACUCGAGAUCUCAGGCCGAAGGUUAUAAAAUGUUGUUCGAACUCGAGAAGGGUAAAUACGUGACUACGGACACGUACGAGGCUCACGUGUGGGUGAUCCCAGCCAAGGAGGUGGUGGUCUGCACCGACAAAAGAAUUUUGUAUUUGGAGAAGAAUAACGUGUUCGGGGGUUGGCAGAUCGUCUGGACUUACCUAUGGACCGAACUGCCCGAAGUGCCGUCGCCUGUCAACAAGGGCGUUUACAUUCCCACAGCCAAGAAGAAAGUACUCGGAAUGUUCUCGAGUUCCGGCUCGGGGAAAGUUAUACUACUUUUUGACGAACAACAGAAGAAAUACUUGCUGACUCAGUGUCAACGGCUCAUGAGCUCGGCCCGUUGACUAGAGGCCGUAGGGAGGUUUUCCGCAGCCGACGCGUUGCGGGAGAUCUUUCUACUUUUAUUCGAUUUCCGCACAGCGUUGUUCACUGUCGCUUACCACUUUAACGUGCACCAUUACGGGCCCAAAAGCUUCAAUUAAAGCUUGCACCAGAUCGAUAUAUCCAUAUCGACGCUUGAAAGGCAAACGUGACUAAGCGACAAUAACUGCUUUGUACAUAAAUGAUAGGCAAUGAACAUAUUCGAUGCGCAAAAAA